AUGGUUCAAAUGAAAGAGCAAAGAGGGGAGGAGACAACCCCUAAAAGACCACUGGUUGCCUUCCUAGGUCCUCCAUCUUCCUUCACACACCAGGCAACCAAGUCCGCCUUCUCAGAAGAUGACCACACCCUCACCCCAGUGGCCACAAUAAAGGACGUCUUCGACGCCGUGGCGGCCGGCGGCGCCGAUUACGGCGUCGUGCCGUUCGAAAACUCCACCCACGGCGUCGUGACCUUCACGCUGGGCUACCUGGCAGACCGGGACGACAUCUACGGGGAUCUGACCGUGUGCGGCGAGGUGUAUAUCGACGUGCACCACUUCCUGCUGGGCCACGCGCGGCCCGGAGCAGCAGCAGCAGCACAAACGUCAGCAGCGAGAGGCACGCCGCAGCACGACCUGUCCCACGUGCAGCGGGUGUACAGCCACCCGCAGGCGUUCGGCCAGACGCAGGCCUUCCUGUCGGCGCACCUGCCCGGCGUCGAGGCCAUCGACGUCAGCUCGACCAGCAAGGCGGCCGAGAUGGCGAGCGGCGACGCGUCGGGCGCGACGGCCGCCAUCUCCAACGAGAGCGCGGCCGCCGCGUUCGGGCUCGACGUGCUGGCGCGGUGCAUCGAGGACCGCGACGACAACACGACGCGGUUCUUUGUGCUGCGGCGGCGCAGGGCCAGUGAUGAGGGGGAGAGGGAGAAAGAGGAGGGGGAGAAGGCCAAGGGGGAGGCGCCGGUGCCGGCGCCCAGGGGCCACAAGAGCCUCGUCUCGUUCACGGUGCCGCACCGGUCCCCUGGUGCGCUGGCCGCGGUGCUGGACGUGUUCAGGAAGGUCGGGCUGAACCUGACGAGCAUCAACAGCCUGCCCAGCCUGAUCCAGCCGUUCCAGUACCUGUUCCUCGUGGAGUUCGACGGCAGCAGGUAUCAUGACCCGGAGGGCAAGGUGGAGGCUGCAUUGGACGAGGUCGCCAAAGUGGCUGAGAGUUGGAGGUGGUUAGGCAGCUGGGAAAACCAGCGGUAG